AUGGACUACGAGAUGGACAUCGAGCCCACGGGGCCUCAAGUCACUGUCCGCGAGGCCGAACCCAACCGCGUUGACUUCAAACUCACCUCCGUCGAUCUCGCGUUCGCCAACUCCCUCCGGCGCGCGAUGCUCUCCGAAAUCCCCACGAUGGCGAUCGACCUUGUCGAAGUCGAAAAAAACACCUCCGUGCUCCCGGACGAGAUGCUCGCCCACCGUCUGGGCCUGAUCCCGCUGAACAGCAAAAACUGCGACCAAGACGUCGAGUACACACGCGACUGCGAAUGCGAGGACCACUGCUCGCGGUGCUCGGUGACGCUGACGCUCCACGCGCGCUGCACUGGCGACGACAUCAUGCGGGUGUAUGCGCGCGAUCUGGCGGUGAGCGGCGAGCGGGCGAACGAGUGGGUGGGAAACCCGGUGCUCAUGGAUGCGGAGGGCAAUGGGCCGUUGAUCUGUAAAUUGAGGCGCGGGCAGGAGCUCAAGAUGACGUGUAUUGCGAAGAAGGGCAUCGCGAAGGAACAUGCCAAGUGGGCGCCCACGGCCGCGGUGGGGUUCGAGUAUGAUCCGCAUAAUAAUUUGAGGCAUGUCGAUUAUUGGUAUGAGGAGGAUCCGGCGAAGGAGUGGCCCGUCUCCCAAAAUGCAGCCUGGGAACAAGCCGCUCCUCCCGACCAACCCUUCGAUUACGACGCCCAGCCGAGUAACUUCUACCUGGAUGUCGAGAGCAUCGGCACCCUGGAUCCCGAUAUGAUUAUCCAGCAGGGCAUCGUGGUGUUGCAGCGCAAACUGGCCUCUGCGAUUUCGUCUCUCUCCGGCACUGAAGGCGCAGAUCGGGGCGGCGCCAUGGGCAUCGAGGAUGAGGAUAUGAUGGGUGUGCGCAGUCCGGAUGCAUACGAACCACCGGAGGGCAUGGAUGGCGGGUUCACAGCGUAUGCGAACGGGGGAGCCACGAGUGCAUGGGGCGCCAGUGCAGCGACGCCGUAUGGUGUUACGCCGUACGGGGGCGGAUAUGGAUUCUAG